CUUAUUCAGCCCAGGCUCCACCAGACGCUCUCUCACCAUCCACGCACCUCUCCCCAUCUCCAUCGGCGGCGGCGGCGCGAGCGGAGGAAACGAACCGGAGGCGACGAUGUCGGCGACGACGGCAGCUGUGCCCUUCUGGCGCGCGGCGGGGAUGACCUACAUCGGCUACUCCAACGUCUGCGCGGCGCUCGUGCGGAACUGCCUCAAGGAGCCCUACAAGUCCGAGGUCGCCGCCCGCGAGAAGGUCCACUUCUCCCUCUCCAAGUGGUCCGACGAAAAGCAGGAGAAGCCGACUGUCCGCUCAGACAACGAGUAAAGAUUUGGUGCCAUGGUGACAUAGUCUUUCCUGCAGAUGUUUUGAAAAUGUUCUGUUGUACCUGGAACUUGCUGUUUUCUGGCUGGAUUUUACUUUCAAUGCCUGAAGAAUAAAUUCUUUCCGUGACAAUGGAUCUAUUCCAAUACAAUGUUAUUAUCGUUGCUAAUUGCUCCUCUUCUACCUUGUCAACAAUGUGAACAUUUAUUGGUACUUGAGUGAUCGUCUCAUAUGUUAUGAUUCUUCA